AGUCACGCCAAGUUAUCCACGUGAGCCACUGCAAAUUAAAAAUACUGUGUUUAUUAUUUACAUAAAAUUUAUACUCAAUUACAUAUAAAUAUUUAUAAUAUAAUUUAAAUACAAAGGUGCUUUUUAUAUUAAUUAUUGGGAUCAUUAUUGAGAUUUGAGAAUGCAAUGGGUGAAAGAAAACGCGAGAGAUCAUCGAAAAGAAGAAGACCAUUCUAUCGUGGACAACAAUCAUGCUCAGACUCUGAGGUAGCUCGUGAAAGAUUAAAAGAGACUAAAGCAAAGUCUAGAGAUCAAUUAUCAUGGCCAAUCGAGGUGUUGACGGUAGACGAGCUGGCUCGUUAUCGUCGAAGACGUGUUCAAAAAAGACCAGAUACACUUGGUACUGAUAGACAUGAUGAUGAUGGUCAUUCAAAUCGUAAAUUAGUUACUGAAUAUAGAAGGGCAUUUAGAGCAACGAGUGAAGAUUCAUUGAUUAAAAAAAACGAGACUAUUGAUGUUGGUAGAGAAUUUAGAAAUGUUGGAAUUGAUGUUGGAUUAAUGGAAACUGAUAUUGAGGCUCCAGUUAUUCCUGGGCAGGUACCCAGUAGAACAGAAAUAAUAAAAAGAAAUAAUAAUUUGAAAGAUGAUAGAAAUAUUUAUCAAGAAACUGAAUAUUCAAAGUAUAAAAAUCACACUGGUUUACAUCGUCCUGAUUUGUUACGUCGUGGUACAUCAUUAAAAAUGGUUGGUGACAUGCAAACAGUUACUGAACAGUGUGAAAAAUUCAUUGAAUGGUUUAAUGUUAGUCGUCCUGAAAUUGUUCGCGUGCCGACAAAUUUAAAACUUGAGGGUCAACUUGAAACAUCAACUGAAAAUAAUGAUAAUUAUGUGCCAUUUAUUGGUGCAAGAAGACCCGAAUUAUUACGUCAAAGUGCAAAUUUAAAACUUGAAGGUGAAACAACAUAUCUUCCAGAAUAUACUGAUGUAUUUCGUCAGCCAAAUAAUCAAGAAAAAAGAUUACCAAUGAUGCCUGAAUCACAUCUAAGAUGUGGUGGUGAAUUUCAUAAAAAAAUUGAUAAUACACAUAAUUUUUUAGAUCCACGAGGAAGUGUUCCAAUUGAUGAAUUAUCAAAUUUAAAUGUCGAUAAUGAUAAAAAUAUUGACAAUGAAAAACAUGAUAAUAAAGAAGAAAAUAUGAAAUUUAUUGUAUCAAAAUUAGAAGAUUUAAAAGGUCUACCACUUGGUAUUCCUGAAUACAAAGAUUCAUACAAGAAUUUUCCAAGAGAAAGACCAAAAUUAUUAAAACCAACUGAUGAAAUUGGUCGAUCAGAUGGAUCAAAAAUAAAUAAAUUACAUAAUCCAAUAAGAUAUACAAAAAAAAUUGAUAAUGAUCCAGAAUAUAAAUCAAAAUAUAUUGAAAAUGAUAAUCGUAAAAAUUCAAUAUCAUCACGUCGUGCAUCAACAGUGUCAUCGACAUAUGGAAAACCUUUUUUAGUACCAGAUAUGAGAAAUUUACAAUCAACAAGUGAAGUUAGAUCACAAUAUAUUCCAUAUGGACAAAUUCCACGUGUUAAAAAAUAUAAAAUGCAAACAAAUAUACAAACAGAGGGUGAUAUGAUACUUAAACCAGAAUAUCGUGAUGCAUAUUGUACUCGUAAUGAUAAUGAAACAGCUUUAUCAAGAUAUAAACAACGUGAACGUAGUUUAAGUAUAUCAAAAAGAGAUAAUAAUAAUUGGAUUAAUAAUGAUGUUAGUGAAAAAUUUGGUAUGAUUAAUGCUGAGCAUGAACAAAAUGCAUUUCAAAUAUUAAAAACAAAAAUUCAUGAUGAUGGAAAUAUCACUGGAAAACCACCGACACUUGGAGGAAGAAGAGGGUCUAGAGCAUCUGAUACAAGACGUCUUUCAAAUAUAGAUAUUAAAAGAAGAACUUCAAUUAAAAAUCGUUCAUCAAGUCCAACAUAUCGUUUGCAUGUUUGUAAUGUUGAUGAUGAAACUCGAGGAGGUUUUUUACAUCGUCGAAGAUCAUCAUCAGUUAAAUAUCCAAUUAAUAAUACAUCAACAGAUGUAAAUAAUGAUGAUGAUGAUGAUGAUAAUCAACGAUCAUAUUCACCAAGUUUUGGUAAAGAUCGUGUUGAUGAUCAGCAGGCAUUUGUUGUUCUUGAUAAUUCACAAAAUUCAAAUGGAAGACUUGGACGUCGACGAAGUACUAGAAAUUCAAUUAUUGAUAUUAAUGAUAAUCGAGGUAAAAUUAAAAUUAAUAAUAAAACACCAGCUGGUUGGAUGCCACCUUGGUAUGAUAAUACCAAUAAAAUAUAAAAAAUAUAGGUAUAAUUAUGAAACAAAAAUAUUAUAAAAUUGCUUAUUGUAGAUAUAUAACAAUAAAAAUUAAAAAAAAUUAAAUAACAAAUGAAUUUGUCUUUAUAAAAAUGAAAUAUUAUUAUGUUUAAAUUGCUUAUUUCACUUGAAAAUUAUAGGAUUAUCUAGAAUAUUCACACGAAAAAUGGAAUUAACAAAAUUUGAAAGGAAAAAAAAA